CAUGGCUCCUCUCCGAACGAAAAGGCGCAAGAAUGAUACACUCAUCGCAGAACCUGCUAAUCCUGAAGAGCACCUGGUUCAACUUGAACAUGCAGAGGUCGCCAGUAGCGUGGCACAAGGCAGCAACUUUCCUAGUCUAUCUGUGUUCCCUCUUGAAUUACUUUUAGAGGUGUUCUCGUAUGCAGAUCCAGAUGACUUGCUCAGCCUGGCGAGGGUCAAUAAAUGGCUGCGUGCCAUUCUUCUGGAUCGAAGAAUAGAAUUUCUUUGGCUCAAUGCUUUAAAGCGUGUUGAUAGCUUACCUCUCGCCCAAGCGACAUGUCUGUGCUUUGCUAUGCUGCCCUCAUGUUCGAUUCGUUUUGCACAGUGAGGAUUUGGGUUUUCUUCUGUACUUUAUGUUCAAUCAACGAUUGACUGUCUCAGGAAUGCAUGGACAAGGGAAUUUGUCACCUGAUAUCAGAAGACAACGCAAGAUAUUGCGAGUCAUGCAUGGCUGAGCAACCUUCCCAAGCCCCCUCAAGAAUAUCUCUUCAAAGGUGUGGCAGUGGGCUAUGGGAUGCAUCAUUACUGGAAUACCAUGGCAACCCACUCGAAGAAGCUACCGGUCUUCGGGAGAGGGCUGGCACAAGCCCACUGUCAGACUUCUUCGAGAGUCACUACCGGCUCUUACCAAAAACGAGUAUGAUUCGGCUAUCGAACAGCUAAGUUCGUACUAUACAGAACAUGGUUUGAUGAAUGUCUGGCAUCAUGAC